CUUUUCAACAUCAAAUUAUGGUUAACCGUUUUGUGGAAACAAAUUCUGUGGAAAAUGAUCCAGGUAUUACCUUUAUUAUUUUUAUUAUUACUUCUUUGCACUCAAAGUGUAACCUGGAGCUUCAACGACACAUCUCCAGUUUCUUCUAUUUUCUGGUUUCAUCUUUAUAUGGAUCCACGAUUGCACAUAAUCUCUGAUCGCCUCCUCCAACUCACACAAUCUCCGUCAACUCAUCCUCUGACGACUCACUCAUCAUUUCACAUUGAAACUCCACUAGAACGUUUGCAUGCAGUGGGCGUGAUCUCAUUUAAAGUCAUCCUAAAAUAUGCCUAACUGAUAAAACUCCAUUUUCUUCUAUGUAGUAUUUUAGCAGUUGACUGUUGGUUGAUCCGUUGAUCGACAGAGUUUCUUGUUACUAAUUCUCUCUGACAAACCAUUUGAUCUUUAGUACGGAGCAAAGACAGCUGUCGAUAGGUUCUACCUGCUAGGCGUCAAAAUCAACGUUCAGUUACUUGAAAUGAUUGUAGUUUUAUACACGUCAGAAAACUUGACUAAUGCACGGGAUUAUUGUACAAAUACAUUCGGCAAGAGGGGUUAUCAAAAGUUUCUCUAAAUUACGAUUAAUUGGUGCAGUCUUCGCAGCAGUUUUGCUUCUUGUUCAGAACGUUGAAUCACAAUUCCCGGUGAACUACACCUUCCUUUUACUCACUGUAUUAACUUCGUCUUGUGGAAUCGCUGGCUUCACAGGAUCUCUUCAUUUAUGGGCAGCGUUGUCAUGGAGUUUGGCAAUAUCUCUAGCUGUGAUAGCCGUGGUAGUUGGAUACCAACUGAGUCAAUUGAGUCAUACAGGGGACGAUAUUAUGAUAAUUUUUUCAUUCGUAUUAAUGCUGUUGGGUGGUAUUCUGUUAGCCGCUGUAUACUUUUCCGGCUAUAAAGUAGCAGCGUAUAUAGUCUUCAGUGUAUUUUUUGGACUUGGUUUAACCAUGGCAUUAUUUCUAACGGCACAAGGUUUAAAACUUUGUUCUCAGAAGUCAAGAAUCACUGCUUUACCAGUUAAAUUGGCUCUGAUUACCUGGGCUUUGAUAAUUUUGUUAUAUCUGACCAUAUCAAUCAACUUUGCUAUGGAACGAUGAAAGCAUCCACAAGAAGCUUCUUUCCGAAGAUCUGGAAUUCCGUGUUAACUAUUAUUCGAUACUUAUUUAUACAUAAGACCAUAUAUUGGUUAGAGUUUGUUUUGUAAAAUUGUUUAUGAAAUUAACUAACAUUUUCAUUGAAAUAAUUGAGCAAAACCUUGGCUUAAUAAAUUCAAUAGGAAGAGAGAUGUUGAUUAACUGGUAUAUUCCAUUUCUGUACACAUAGCUUGAUCCAAAUAAAGUCCAAUAUCACUGGUAAGAACUGGUGUUUUUUUUCUUUUCUUUAUUUCUGUCACAGUGUGUGUCUGAUGACUUCUCUGUGAGUCGAGAUAUAUUUUAUGUGCAAUGAUGACUUCUGCUCAUAUGAAUAACAAAGAAUCACAGUAUAAUUCAAUGCCUCUUGAACUAUUGCACAAACCCAUAUUAUUUGUGAUAAAGUAUGUGUGCACUUCGUCAGCAGGAUGCCCUUAAUAGAAAAUUCCUAACAAAAAGCAUUGGUGGAGUCAUUUCCAUUAUAUAUCUUUAACACUUUAUUGUUAUCUCAAGUUGAAUAUACUUCUUCGACUUUCGAGUAUUUGAAUGUAUUGAUCUAUCAAAUAAAGUGUAUAAUUUGCUAGCA